GUCUUGGGAUGUCGUUCGACGUUGGUAGCAUUGUUUGUUUACAACAUCUUUGAAUUCUGCGAUUCGUAUCUUUGGCGUAUAAUUAAGCGGAAUAUUUACUAGCGGUAGCUUGUCACUCGCACAGUUUUAUACUCGCUCUUUGGCAAAUCGGUCUUUAGCAAAAGUGCACAUAAAGGUUUUACCGGUUUAUUGUAUCGUACUAAUAUAUAAUAAUCACAAUGGCUGAUGAAUACUUUUACGGUAUAACUUUAUCUGGAGCCGGCGCCACUGAAGUUUGGGAUCCCGAAACAAAAGCAGAGGAAUACCCAAGAACAAAUAAGCUUGUUUUAAGACAAGCUCUAUUAGGUCAUGAAGCUAAAGAAGGCGAAUACAAUGUCGUACAGGUUGAAACUAUGUCCAUUCGUGAUACCGUUAAGACCCCAGUAGCAGUUCUUAAAGUUGGUGAAUCUCGACAAUGCCGUUUGGAUUUAGAGUUUCCAGAUUACCCAGUUACAUUCACCUUGAUACAAGGAUCAGGACCUGUACAUUUACAUGGCCAGCACUUAUUUGGUGCCCUUGUUGAAGAAUUUGAAGAUAUGGAUGAAAUGGAAGAAGAAUUGUUAGAUGAGGAGGAGGAUGAAGAUCAAGCUGAUGGUCCCAAAAAACGCAAAUCUGGAAAUAAGAGGGAACAUGAGGAUGAGGAUCAAGAAGAAGAAGAUGGACCCAAAAAGAAGGCUAAAUUAGCAAAUAAUGCAAAGGGUAAAGCUGGUGCACCAAAGAAUAAGAAGAAAUAAUUGAUUUAAAGUCGAAAUUCCAAUUUGUUGUACUUUAUAAGAGUAAAGCAAUUUCACUCACA